GAAAAAAAUGCACAUUUUGGCAUUCUUUGUGCACAUAAAUGUGCGUGUCAUCAGCUCUCGCAACAAAAUGAAAGCGGCAUGAAGCUACCAAUGAUUUAUUUCCUGCUAUUUAUUUCAUGUACCCAGACUGACUGUGGUUUUCAAGUUGCUGGUGUUAAGAAAACAGCAACUUGUCUCUGAUGCCUAAAAGACAACUCUCCUUGCACAGCCUGACUUCAUCCAAUAGCACACAGUUGAACCUAGCGGAGAUCGAGUGGGUUCAAGAUGGCGAUCACAAACUCCCAGACCAUUCAACUGCCCAGCAGAUAGAAGUCUGCCAACAUAUGCCUACAGAUGACUACAGGAGCACUGACCCAAGCUUACCAUCAAAUUUGCACGACUUGAAUGUCAACGCCAGGAGAGAACACAAAGUAGAACAGAAACAAGUCUCGAAAGAAGCGAGUGGAAGAAAGAGAAGUAGACAAGCAAAACCCAAGGCUAACAAGUCGAGUAACAGUGAGUGUACCAAAGUGGCUGAUAAAAGGCCAAGAAGGUCAAGGACUCAAAGCAGAUCCCGUUCAAAAACCAAGAGAAAACGUGACCAUAAAUCAAGGUCGUCAAAAGAAUCUUCUUGUUCGGAUCACAAUGUCACCGUGACCUUCUCCUCACAUUUCCGUGCCACACCCUGCCCCAGUGAAAAUUGUUGUCACACUAGACGUGUAGCCAGCCCAUCCACAAGUAGAUCUAGGUCAAACUCAUCCAAGUCGUCUGUUCGAAGUCGUGUGUCCUGGAAAGAUAGCAGAGAUAAUGAUAGACCAGCACCAGUCUGCAGACCAGUAACAGAUCACAAUCACAGCAGAAGUAGAAGCGGACAGAAACGCUCCUCAUCCACCAUCUGUCAGAAAUGUGGUGGUCGCAGAAGGCCUCCAUCUUGCCACUGUAAUGACUCAAUGAGGAACCGAAAGUCAUCCAGGAGUCGCAGCAGCAACCGUAACUCCUCACCUGUUCAAGGCAGCAGAAACAAUCACGUACGCCGCUCCCGUAGUCGAUCUAGGAGCAGGUGUUCCGUGAAUAGAUCCCGCAGUGGGAGAGGGAAUGCCUCUGAAUCUACUAGACAUCACGACAAGAAGGGGGGAGGCCGAUCGCCUUAUUUUUGUUUAAUAAUGUAAACUGUUACAGAAGACUCCAACAACAAGUAUCCUAUUGUGAGGGUCUAGACUGAAGUAGACUCCUGCAUUCCUAUUGUGAGGGUCUAGACUGAAGUAGACUCCUGCAUUCCUAGUAUAAACAGAGAAUGCUGAAUAAAGAUUGAAUACAUCUUGUUUUGAUUUCA